CUAGCAGAGAGAGCGUAAUCCGAUAAGAAACAAUACGAACUCCACCAGUCACUAAUGUGUGUUCGCUCUUGUAUUAACACAAAGAAGACGUGGGCGACUUACAAUGCAAAAUUCGAUUUCUUUCUCUAUUGAAUCGAUUAUUUCCAGAAGAGAUCCUCCGAAGCAAACAGGGGAAGAAAAUUAUGACAGCCAAGGAAUUUUAAGCCGCGGACCACUGAGUGCCAUGCAGAAUUUGGUUGAGCUCACACCGCGGGGCGAUGGGAUCUAUUCGGACAGGACAGUCUCUGUAUUUCAAAUGGAGGAAGAAAAAUUGGACAAACAUUUUCGUAGAGAGAACGUAAUGGAUCAUUUCCCCUCCUCGCCAACAAGCUUUAGUGGCAAAGCUCGUCCAAAUUCACCAACUGGGAGUGAUGAGGACGAACAAGAAGACCAAAAUUCAGACUCUGAGGGAGGAACCAAAUCCAGACGGAAAAGAACGGCUUUUACAAGCCAACAACUGUUAGAACUUGAACGAGAAUUUCACACCAAAAAGUACCUUUCACUGGAAGAGAGAUCACACAUUGCAAGAACUUUAAAACUCAGCGAGGUUCAAGUGAAAAUUUGGUUUCAGAACAGACGAGCGAAAUGGAAGAGAGUAAGGACUCUCGGCGGACCUCAAGCUCAUGGAAACAGAAAGCUUCACGCUCCUAAACUUGUUGUUCCUAUUCCCAUUCAUGUGAACAGAUAUGGAUCAAAAAAUCAACUCUACAUUUCUUGAGAUAUGCAUUCAUUCAUUUCAUCUUUAGAGAUGACGAUGACCUUAAAUCGUGGCCCUAAUAUCCGUAUGGAAGCCAUGCUGGCCUCUACUGGCUCGUUCUGCAUUCUCCUCAUUUGUUUUGUUGGAGUUCUUAUCUGUGAUUUUAUGUAUCAUAACCAUCAUACAUUCAGUUUGGUUCCUCCGAAUUCUCUGAUAAACUAGCAAACAGUAAGCGUCAAAACCAAGGAACGGCCCGAGGAUCAACAAACGAUUUGACUUAAUCCACAUUCAGUUAUUAAAUGUUGAAAAAACCGAACACUGCUGAUCCUGUUUUGUUACCUUAGAAUAUUCAGGAAAAACCCUUCGCUUCUCACUUUCUUAUGACAAUUCAGAAACUUCUGCGUAUUAAUCAUCUAAUACAUAUGAUAAACUUCUCCAAUUUUACUAGA